AUGCUUGUUGGGAAGGGUUAUAUACAGGUCCCGAACGGCCAGGUCAAGGGGGGGGGAGCAUCUUUUACUCGUGAGGCUCUGGUCAAUAGUCACAGAGAUAUAGACAUCACAGUGUCGUAUCAGACGUCUCCAAGGCCUCAAGUGUCGCAGGAAGAGCAGAUUAGAUACGAAGUAAUUAAGACACAAUCGACGGAACCGGACAAAGUACCAAGCUUCCAGUUUAAUAUGUUGUGGCUUAUCUUCCUCGGUGCUUUCCUUAUCGUCGUCUACAACUUCUUCAGGAAACCUCCAGGUCUUCCGCCAGUCUCUUGGCUCAUGCUGAUGACAAUUACUAGCGCAUGGAAGCACGGUCUCAGUGGUUUCCAACUAUACCUAGAACUUGUAAAAGAUACCGUAGAACCUACAGAGGAACUCGAGAGAAACCAUCUAUCCAUAUCUCAACGACACGGGAUCCCUUUAGGCCUGAUUUUCUCCGAGGGACGCCCCUGGCAGGAGAAUCGCCGGUUCGCACUGCGCCACCUGAGGGACUUCGGCUUCGGUCGCUCUUCGCUCGAGAAGGUCAUCCAUCCAGAAGUGGCGAGCCUCCUGAAGGACCUCGAGGGAGGGGCGGGGAGGCCGACGGAGGUCAAUUGGAACCUCAAUGUGGCCGUCCUCAACGUCAUCUGGAGGCUGGUUGCAGACCGCCGAUAUGACAUCAACGACCCAGAGAUCAUCCACUUCGAAAAGAUGAUAAGAGUGAACAUUGACAUCAUCAAAGGGGCGGCCGUCUUGCUUGACAUCUUCCCUUGGCUGUUGUAUUUGACUCCUAAGUUCGUCCUCAACAGCUGGAUGCAGAUGGGCCAGAUGGAAAAGAACGCUGAGGAAUUCAAGCAGUUUGUUAUGAGCAUCAUUGAAGAGCACGAAGCCUCUCUGGACACUGAGAAACCUCGAGACUAUAUCGACUGCUACCUGCUGGAGAUGAGGGAGAGGCAGGGCGAUCCCAACACGGUCUUUAAGCAGGACUACCUGGACCUACUCGUGUCCAUCGGCGACCUCUUCGCAGCCGGCAGUGAGACGACCUCCUCAACUCUACGCUGGGUCGUCCUGUACAUGGCCCUCCACCCGGACGUACAGGCCAAGGUACAGGCUGAGCUCGAUGGCGUGGUGGCCGAGGGGGCGCUGCCUUCGCUCACGGAUCGGGCCAAGCUUCCCUACACCGAAGCCACCAUCAUGGAAACCCUAAGGAUGUCUUCGUUAAUUCCUAGAGGAAUCUUUCAUUGCAACAGCGACGCAGACGUGAAAAUCGCAGGAUACAAUAUACCAAAGACGAUUUUAAAACAGCAUACAAAAAUGCAAUUUAAUUUUAAAUGGGACUGGGAGGCUAUUACUUGUAUCGAUAGAAUAGCUUCACAGAACAUAUCCAAUUGUGGCUCCCUGCUGGUCCCCGACAUGGAGAAGUGCCAUCGAGACCCUCAGUACUGGGAGAAACCUGACCAGUUCUAUCCGGAACAUUUUCUCGACCAGGACAAUCAAGUUAUCACUAAGAAAGACGGUUUCCUUCCCUUCUGUGUUGGGCGUCGACAGUGCCUGGGGGAGUCACUGGCCAGGAUGGAACUCUUCUUGUUUACCUCGGCUCUCCUGAAGAAGUUCUGCAUCACUGCACCUGAAGGGGUUAAACUCUCAACCGAAACAAACAAGCACAGACCUGCUUUCAACUUCGCUCAUCCUUUCCAGGUCAUAUUCACGCCAAGGGAUGAUACUCUGGUGGAAUAUGUUGCAGCAAGUAUACUGAGGGAAAGUAUUUGCCAAUGUGCAGAUGCUAUCAAAAUGGCGACGCCCGUGUCUAGAUUAUAG